AAAGGCUCCACCUUAUUCUUAGUCAGCUGGUGAGGUCAACUUGUGUUGUUAGGUUUGUGGUUCUUUCAUUUCAUUUUAUCCUUAUAAUUAAAUUAACCUUUAAUCUAGUGAUAAUAGCUACUGUUGAUUUUAUUUAAUUGAAUUAUUGGUCAUUAAUAAAUGUGCAAUAAUUUUUAAUGUGCGCUUCGCCACCAAUGGGAAUAUUGAGAGAGUUAGUGAGUAACAUCAUCAGAAAAUGAAGAGUGAGAUGAAAGUAAGAAUAGGUAUCAUUCAAUCUUGUAUUUAAUGUUAACUAGUCUGUUUACACUGGAAAACCAACUGGUGGAUUAAAAAAAGUACAACAUCAUUUUUUCAAUUCAAUUAAUCAGUGAAUGGUGUACAGAAAAACAGUAAAUAAUUAAUCGAAUCUCUUCCUCGUUCCUCGACUGUUCUUAAAAUCGUUUACUGCUCUACAAUCAAGUUAAACCUCAAUGUUUAAUCACAAUUCACUUUCAAACCGCCUAAUCUUAAUUUGACUUUAUACCCGUUCAUCUUACAUCAACCUGAUAUCAGUGUGUGUUUACUAUGGAUGAAUCUAAAUCUAGUGUUAAUCUCGUUAAAGAGGAUUUAAUUCAUUAUGGAGCUGUAAAUCCAGUUUACGAAGGUGAAAAUUCUUCAAAAUUUAAUGUAAAAAAUAGGUCUGGACAAAACAAUGGUGCAGAUGAAUUGGAUCGAAUUGACUCGUCCUAUGAAAGGAGUGAAAAACAAAAAUUAGAAACCUAUUUCAAUGAGUGCAUUGAAAUACCUUCAGCUGAAAAUUACAAUUUUAGUUGGCGUCGAUUAUGGCAAUUCACUGGUCCUGGUUUUUUAAUGAGCAUUGCUUACCUUGAUCCUGGUAACAUUGAAUCAGAUCUUCAAGCAGGAACCAUCGCUCAAUACCAUCUACUAUGGGUUCUUAUGUGGUCUACUUUUUUGGGACUCUUGAUGCAGCGUCUGGCAGCUCGCCUUGGAACCGUUACAGGUUUACAUCUUGCAGAACUGUGUUAUCGCCGUUAUCCAAAGCUACCUCGAAUCUUACUCUGGAUUAUGGUUGAAAUUGCUAUAAUUGGGUCAGAUAUGCAAGAAGUAAUUGGAACCGCAAUAGCAAUCAAUAUUCUCACCCAAGGCCAUGUAACAGUGUUCUAUGGUGUACUUAUAACAAUUUGUGAUACAUUUACAUUUCUGUUUCUUGAUAAGUAUGGUCUUAGAAAAUUGGAAGCUUUCUUUGGCCUACUCAUAACUGUAAUGGCCACUACUUUUGGCUAUGAAUUUUUCCGUGUCAAACCUUCUCCCAUAAGUGUCGGCUCUGGACUUUUAAUUCCUUGGUGCUCUCAUUGUCAGUAUGGAGCCUUAAUGCAAGCCGUUGGAAUAAUCGGUGCAAUUAUUAUGCCUCACAAUCUUUACCUUCAUUCAGCUUUAGUCAAGUCUAGAAAAAUUGAUCGCUCCAAUGCCGCUGAGGUCAAAGAUGCCAAUAGAUAUGUUUUCAUUGAAGCUUUCAUUGCUUUAGGAGUUUCUCUUCUAAUCAACAUUUCCGUAACUUCAGUAUUCGCCCAUGGAUUGUAUGGAGUUACCAAUGCUGAAGUGAAUGCCAAAUGCUCUAAUAUCAAUUAUCCCAUUCCAAAUGGAACUUUUCCGAAUAACGAUGAACUCGUCGAUGCCGAUCUUUUUAAAGCCGGAAUUUAUCUUGGCUGUUACUUUGGUUUACCUGCUCUUUAUAUCUGGGCUGUGGGAAUAUUUGCUGCUGGUCAAAGCUCAACCAUGACUGGAACAUAUUCUGGUCAAUUUGCCAUGGAAGGAUUUCUAGAUCUUCAUUGGGCCAGAUGGAAAAGAGUACUUCUCACUCGAACCAUUGCCAUUUGUCCAACACUUUUUAUCGCCUAUUAUCGCCAACAAGACUUAACUGGAAUGAAUGAUCUUCUCAAUGCUCUUAUGUCAUUACAAUUGCCAUUUGCCUUGCUACCGACUCUUACCUUUACUUCGUCUAAAAAAGUCAUGGGCCAAUUUAAAAAUGAUUUUACCAACAUAGUUGUUGCCUCUUCUCUUUCUGUUGUUGUCAUUUCAAUCAAUAUUUAUUUUGUUGGUUCAUUCGUUAAAGACAAUUUCCCUGUUACCUGGUGGGUUAUCCUGUUGGCGCUAACUUUUGUCAUUUUUUACCUUAUAUUUGUUGUCUACUUGGUUGGAUGUUUCUUGGUGGUUAUUGGUUGUAACUGGUUAACAGUGUUACCCAUUGUUGGUAAAUACAUGAGAGAAGAGCAUUCAAUCGAACAUGAACAUCUGUCCUGUGACGAUUCUCGAGCUAAUUCACCAACAAGCAGAGGACAAUCGCCCAAUCCAUUAGCUUAAUCAGCCAAUUUUUUUGCUUUGUCGUUUUUUACAUUAUUUAAUGUGGAAGGUUACAAGACAAUGUAAAGUUAUAAAUUUGAAGACUGCGCUUAUCAAAAUUAUCUAAUUUUUAAACGAAUUCGGUUAAGCUGAUAUUUGAGAAGCAAAGACAAUUCAAUUCAACGAUUCAUCGCCAUGAACCACAGUUACAUAUAUAAUUUAUAAUUACUUAGACACAGAAAUUAUAAUGACCUAUUAGUUUUGAUUCACUUGACAAACAGUGAUUGAGAUUAUCAACUAUUCAAGACUGUAAAAAUCGAACUCAACGUUGAUAAAAUGAAUCAAACCGAAAGUAGGCCAUUUUGUGUGGUUUGAUCAGUAAUUUUGAUCAGUAUUUUUUUAUAUUGUCAAACAAAAGCCAAUUGAUAUCAUACACUUUUAUACUCUUUCCCUUGCUUUCAUUUCCUCGUAAUUUUUCCCAUUUCCCUCAAUAUCUUUGCCUUGCGACUGUUUUUUUUCAGAAUUGUAAAUGUCACCAUUAAUUUGUAAUGUAAACUAUUGGUUGUUUAUUUCUUUUCAAACUCAAUCUAAAUAUUCCUAAUUCCUUAAUUAUACCACCUUAACUUUCUCCCAAUUUUAAACUAUUUUCUAACAUUUAA